AUGAGACGAACCAGUCGCAUAUUGCUAGCUUCGCUGGUCCUCCAAUCCACAACCUUCGCACAGUCCGACCUGCCCUCAAAACGUGGGCUGGCUUUCCAGGGCGACGACCACACAGCCGACAGCCAAUUGCUCACCUCCGCAAAGUCGUUGAUCAGCUGGUAUUACACAUGGUCAACAUGGCCUGCACAGGCCCUUAACAGCUCCAUCGCGUUCAUCCCGCUCAUCCACGGCGUCGACGAUGCCUCAGAUUCAGGCCUCAGCUCACGUCUCAACGUACUACCUGAAUCAUCCACCCAUCUCCUCACCUUCAAUGAGCCCGACGGAACGACGUCAUCUGGCGGCAGCAGCAUCGACCCAGAAGAUGCCGCUAAAGCCUAUAUCGAGCACAUUGUGCCCUUCCGCAACUCCGGCUCUCGCAAGUGGAACAUCAGCCACCCGGUCGUCACCGGCUCCUCGCAGGGUAUCGAGUGGCUGCAAAAGUUCAACGAGUCUUGUUACGACAUUGACGACAACGGCUGCCCGACCGACUUCGUCGCCGUGCACUGGUACGGCGACGCGACCGGCCUCAAGAACCACCUCGACGGGCUGCGGGAUUUCUACAACUCCACGUCGCCAGAUCUCAAGUACUGGAUCACGGAGAUGGCCCUCCCUAAACAAGACACGGAUGCAACUCUUGCCAUGAUGAACGAGAGUCUGACGUAUUUGGAUGGACUGGACUAUGUCGAAGGUUACGCCUGGUUCGGUGCCUUCCGCAAGGACGAGGCCAAUGCCUGGACCGGUAACUCCGUGUCGCUGUUUGAUGGCGACGGCGGGCUGACAGACCUCGGUGCUUUGUACCUCGGUGGAGACGAACGAGGGUUCGAAAAGGGCCAGAAGGGCGAAGGCAACUUUGCCGGCUCGCUGUCUCCUACAAGGGUGCUGCUUUGGACGACUAUUCUUGCCGGUGUCGCGACGUUAUGGUAG